ACGCAGCUCCCUCCGAAGAACACCCGAACGUCACUCCAGCUUGUGGAACCACGUUGGAAGAGCGGGCGAAGCUUCUCCUGUAGUUUCACUGCAUCACAUGAGCCUACUGAACUUGUUUUUGAAGGAUCUCCAUGGAUAUCUGGAUGUCACAAUGACCAAAUGUGUGCUCUCAUGUUUUCUGUUAUUUGCUUUUUGUUUUUUUUUUUCAGUUUAUCUGUAUGCCAAUUAUAGCAUUUCAUACACUGGGCAGCUCUGAUUUACAAAAGCAUUCACCUGACAGAGCUUGGAAAUAAAUUCAGGAGCGGUAAAUUGGUAAAGCGAGAAAAUUGAAAACUUAUCUCAUUAAAAUGAGAGAAUUUUCUCGUUAAAAUGAAAGUUUGUCAUUAUAAAUGACACAAGUUUGAUGUGUUAUGACGAGAAACCUUCUCAUCUUAAUAAACUCAUUUUAGCGAGUUUGCAUUGAGUUCUAACAUUCUCGUUUUAAUGAGAAACUUUUCAUUAUGAGAAAUGUUUGUUAAAAAGAAUCUUAACGAGAAGCUUCGUCGCCAUCACGAAAAGUUUAACAAGAAACGUUCUCGUUUGGCAUCUCGUUACAACUAGAAACGUUCAUGUUUUAACAAGAUUGUUUCUUGUUCUAACAAGAAACAUCCUCAUUUGACGAGAAACGUUCUCAUUUUAACAAGAAACAUUCUCGUUUUUGCUAGUUUGGCAUCUUGUAAAGAGAAACUUUCUCAUUGUGAGAAACUCUUAGCUAGAAAUGUUCGUGUUUUCACAAUAAACUUUCUCAUUUAAAUGGGAAACGUUCUCGUUUUGGGGAGUUUUGCAUCUCGUUAUGAGAUAAAAAUGGCUAGUUUUUAUCUAGUUGGGACUUGUUGAAUAAAGGCAUAAAGAGGCUCRCUAUGACUUCUUCUCCCUCCUGCUUCCUCUAGACAACAUCUAAAAAUCCCAAGAGGUUUUGCUGUUUUGCCAUUACAACUUUUCUUGUUAAAGGAGAAAAUAUUUUUGCUUUCUUUUUUAUAUAUAUAUCUCGCUAAAACGAGAUGCUGCUCCUGAAUUUCUCUCCCAGCUCCGUUAGACUGAUGACCCGGAUGUAAUAAGUAUUUUAUUGCAUUGAAAGUAGCGAGGCAGAUUCCUGCUCCUCUCCUGCUGGCUCAGGAACACCGCUGCAGAUCUCACACACACACACAGGGCACACACACUUCAACUACUAACAGCUGAUAUUCCAUUCAUUUCAUGCUAAAUCUAAAUUUAUCAGUGUAUGUUUCACCACAUAUGGAAGAAGCUGAUCUGGGCUGCAUGACUGUCACUGACAUGAAGGCCGACAUGUUUUCGAUUUUUCUUGCAUCACUCAGCCUGCUGUUUUACUUUAACUUACCUCAGUGCAAUUAAUCAAGAAGAAAAAAUAUAUAUCUUCGAGUACUUGAUGGUUAUGUUGUAAAGGAMAAAAGAAGAAGAGUGCGUCUUCUGUAAUUUUAACACUAAAGCACCUUUCAUGCACAGUAUUGAUAUUUUUGUAACCACGGUUGUUCUGUCACUUGUCUUGAACGUGUCGAUUAAAGAGUAACGCAACAGCGGCUGUGCUCUCUUCCGUCCCACCGGCUCCUGKUGUUUACAUCUCGGUUAAAGUCGCUCGGCUCUCUGCGGGCUGGUUGAUCAUCGAUCUGACUGUUUCAACUGGAGCGGAAUCUCCCCGCAAAUCAGGCUGGAGAUGCGUCACAUCCAUCCAUCCAUCCAUCCAUCAGCGGGACGCAGCUCCAGUCACACAGACACGUGGAUUUACGAGACCAAAACACACAAACUGCGGCUUUUUUUUUUUUGUCUUUUCUCCGUUUUAACUCACUUUUUUGUGAGUGAAAGUCUUGAGGAUGCGAUGGGACGCGAAGUCAGUAAAAACAGAAAGAUAGAGGAUCCACCAGCUCGACAUCACUUCAGUCAUGACUUCCUAUCAAACGUCCGGGUCUCCAUCGCUCGCAGACUCGGACACUCUCAGCCUGUGGGAGUGGACCGAGCGCCGCUUCCUCCAAGUGACAGGGAAGGAAUGCCUGAGAAAGAGAAACCUCCUCCAGCCCUCAUUUCRCUCUUCCUCCCAGAGUUUCCACAACGUAACACUCCAUCAGAGGACUGUUUUCAGGUUCUCGAUGUCAUCGCUAAAGGCUCGCUUGGACCCGUCCUGAAAGUCAGGGUUGUUCACCAGGNGUUUUUCCAGGUUGUGCUUCGACCUCAGAGCAACUGCCAGUCCGGGCGACAGUUCGCCCUGCGCAUCUUCAGCAAAGUGCGCCCCCCGGUGGGAGGAAUCUCCGUGAAGGAACACUUUGAGGUGAACGUGGUGCCGCUCACCAUCCAGCUCAUGUACCAGUUCUUCAAACGGAUGAUGGGCUUUUUCUUCCCGGGCCGAAACGUUGAAGACGAAGACGUCACAGAUGAGGAAGACAAGUCCAGAAUGGUCACUACCGUUUCAUUUGUCCACUUCCUGUUUGUCUCUGCUUUGCAGAGGCAGCUCAGACAUCCGUUUAUUCACAGUGUGCAGGACUGCUGGCAGACACAGCACCACCUCUUCAUCAUGUUCGAAUACUGCAGCGCUGGAGAUUUAUACACGUACUGGCUACUGAAGGGCCAGUUUGACCAGGACCAGGUUCGACUCCUUGCUGCAGAGCUUGGCAGUGCCUUGGGUUUCCUACAUGAUCUGGGAAUCGUCCAUAGAGACGUAAAGAUGGAAAACAUUUUGUUGAGUGAUAAAGGUCACCUCCGCCUGUCUGAUUUCGGCCUGUCGCGCCGACUGAAUCGAGGAGGACGAGCGUUCACCGUAUGCGGAACCAUUCAGUAUAUGGCGCCUGAGGUUUUGAGUGGGGGUCCGUACAGCCACGCUGCAGACUGGUGGUCUCUCGGGGUUUUGUUAUUCUCGCUGGUUACAGGAGAGUUUCCACUGGCAGCGGAGUCGAACCACRUCAAUAUGUUGAAGAAGGUCAGAGACUGCUCUUAUGUUCCACCAAAGACCCUCAGCUCUGACCUCACCCUACUGCUCAGUGAGCUUUUGUGCAAGAGUCCAGCGARCCGCCUCCAUAACCUGCAGCGCUUCAAGACACAGGCCUUCUUCAGGGGCGCCUCGUUCGACUCGUACAUCCUCCAGAAAACGCCGGUAAAAUUCCUCCUGGAGCUCAGAAGCCAUCCUGACUGGGCAGCCAUGUCGAGGAGAGGCUCCGUGGCGGACUGGUUUGAGUACUUUGACUUUAACAACACUUUGAUCGCUCCUUUAACUCUCACUGAACUGCCUCCUGCUUCGCCCAGUGAGGASKUGGCGUUGACUGCAGAGGAGGACUAGAAACCAUGACGACACGACUCAUUCUAGGUCUGAAUUCAGUCACUACGCGUAUGACGAACAGCCUCAUUUUUUAACAUGUCAGUCUUUUCUCUUUAAAACUACAUAUUUACAGAUAUUUUGCAAAUUUUUUGCAUUUUGUACCUGUGUGUUUCUGGAUGCGUUUSUAUUAAACUUUAUAUGCUUGAA